UGCCCAUAUAUAUAAGGAAGAUAAUAGUAGAAAAUUUAAGUCUACUCUAUAAUAUGGAGACUAGAAACUGGGAAAAAAAUUCUCAUAUUAUUGCCGUUUUAUUUACUGUAAUUUUCUCUAGCCUUAUUGUUCAAUGUGUUGCCGAUGAUUUUAACAAUAUUACUCAUCAUAAGGAUGAGGUCCAUGUGGGGGUGGUUCUGGAUAUGGGAUCAAAGGAGGGGAAGAUUGUUCACAGUUGCAUUUCCAUGGCAGUUUCAGAUUUCUACCAGUUGCACAAUAACUACACCACAAGAUUACUUCUUCAUGCAAGAGAUUCUAAAGGAAAACCUCUCCAUGCUCUGUCUGCUGCUUUUGAUCUCUUGGAUAACAUCAAAGUAGAAGCAAUCAUCGGGGCACAAACUAGAAGGGAAGCAAAAUUCUUGGCAGAGUUAGGAGACAAAACAGAAGUUCCUGUAAUUUCUCUUUCUGAACCAAGUUCUUAUCUUCGCUCUAACAAGCAUCCCUUCUUUAUUCAGAGCACACAGGACGUUGAAAGUUGUCAAUUUAAAGGUAUUUCUGACAUGAUUAAUACUUUCAAAUGGAGGGAUAUCAUACUUAUUUAUGAGGACACAGAUUUUGCGAGAGAUAUCAUACCAUAUAUGGUUGAUUCAUUUCAUGAAAAUGAUAUUAAUGUGACAUAUAAGUCUGCCAUUUCUGACUCAUACACAGAUGAUAAUGUUGUCGAAGAGCUCUACAAACUUAUGGACUUUCAAACUAAGGUGUUUGUCGUGCAUAUGUCAGAAGCUCCCGUGUCCAAACUUCUCAUCAAUGCAAAAAAGGUAGGAAUGAUGAGUGAUGGGUAUGCUUGGUUUGUGACAGCAUCUACUAUGAACCUCGUGAGUUCUGUAGACUCAUCUGUAAUAGGUUCCAUGCAAGGUUUAGUAGGUUUCAAGUCUUAUAUUCCUGCAACAAAAGAUCUUCAGAAUUUGGCUUUAAGACUCAGAAGGAAGUUUUCCAUUGAGUUAAGUGUCUAUGGCAUUUGGGCAUAUGAUUCAAUUUGGGCUCUAGCAGAAGCAGUUGAGAGGGCAAGGGAUUAUAAUAAACUCGUUUCAGGCAUAAAAAAUGGUUCACUUCUUGUGGAGGAGAUUUUGAGAAGCAGAUUUUUGGGUUUAAGUGGUAACUUUCAGUUUAUAAAUGGAAAACUAACCUCUAACUUAUUCGAAGUAGUAAAUGUGAAAAGUAAAGGGAAAACUAGAAGGGUGGGAUUUUGGAAUUGUAGCACAGAAGAAGCAAAUAGGAGAAGACAUAUAUCAUCUGCUCAUGAUCUUAAAGAGCCAAUCAUAUGGCCUGGAGGAUCAUUAACAGGUCCUAGAGGUCAAGUCAUGAGUAGUACGAGCAAAAUGAAGCUGAGAAUUGGCGUUCCAGGCCAUAAUAAGUUUAAAGGAUUUGUUGACUUGAUUAAAGAUCCUCAAACAAAUUUGACAGUGUUCAGUGGCUUCUGCAUAGAGGCAUUCAUACUUGCCAUUAGAAAAUUACCUUAUCCAGUAGAAGUUGAAUUCAUCCCAUAUGGAGGAACAUAUAAUGAUCUUGUUUAUCAGGUCUAUCUUGGGAACUUUGAUGGGGCUGUGGGCGAUAUAUCGAUCACAUGGGAGAGAUCCUUAUAUGUUGAUUUUACAAUAUCACAUACCAACUCAGGUUCUAUUGCUAUGGUGGUGCCAAACCAGGGCAGCAAAAGAAGCAUGUGGAUUUUCUUGAGACCUCUUGCAGUAGAUCUUUGGAUAACAACAACAGGUUUCUUUAUCUUGACUGGUUUUGUGGUGUGGAUAAUUGAGCAUCCGAUCAACCAAGAGUUCCAAGGCUCAUCAUCCCAACAAAUUGGGACAGUGUUAUGGUUCACCUUUUCGACCCUCGUUUUUGCUCAUAGGGAGAAGUUAUUAAACAGCUUAUCAAAGUUUGUAGUGAUUGUGUGGGUGUUCGUAGUGCUUAUAUUGACUAACAGUUAUACUGCAACAUUAACUUCAAUGAUGACAGUUCAACAAAUUCAAUUAAAUCCAAAGGGAAAUUAUUUAGGAUAUCAAUUGGAUUCACCGAUUCAAGCUUCUAUUUUUAGUUUAAAUUUUGAAGGAUUCAAGCCAUAUAGCUCACUUGAAGAAUAUGCAGAAGCUUUAUCCAAAGGUAGCAAACAUGGUGGUGUUUCAGCUAUAGUUGAUGAAAUUCCAUACAUCAAGAAAUUUGUUGCCAAGUAUCCUGGUGAUUACACGGUGAAGACUGUGCCCAUGUCUAAUACGAAUGGUUUUGGCUAUGCUUUUCAGAAAGGUUCAUCUUUGGUCCAAGACAUUUCAAAGGAACUUUCAAAACUAAAGGAAGCAGGAGAGUUAGCAGUUCUAGAAAAGAAAUGGACUUGUUCCAGAGCUUACAGCGAAGAAGCUUUAUUAACUCCAUCUGACGAUUCUGCAAAUGACCCUCAUGUUCUUAGACUUGAUUGCUUUCGUGGUUUAUUCCUUAUUAGUGGAAUUUCUUCAGCUUUAGCUCUUCUCUUAUUCUUUUCUUUGGCCAUUAAAGAAAAGAUGGAGUUUCUCAAGUAUCGUAAUAUUGUACAGCUUAUGGCACUCUUGCAGAGUGUGAGAAAGUACCUCUCCAAUAACGUUUCUGAUGGAAACAACUAUACCAGUACAUGAUCUAAGUAUAAUCUUGAUGUUGAGUAAGUUAAUGAGGUUGUUAUCAGAUUUCCUAAUAUUUUGUUAACAUGGUUACUUUGCUAGUUGAAUUUGUUUGUAUGACUAUAUCAAAGAAUUUUAUAAACGAUUUUGC